ACCAAAGUCCUAAAUCACACGAGGACAAGGCGUCGAGGCUAGAGAGUAUCAAUCAAUGGCUUUCUAUAGCAGAGGCACAAUCACAACAAUAUCUCGCGCUUUAUUUUUCACCUCUAACUCUAACAGCUACGCUUCACCCUUUAUCCGCACCUGCCUCCAAUGUAGAUUUCCCACAUCACUGUUACCUCUUUCAUCUGCACCCAUUUCAACAUACCCUUCUGAUUCUCUCAAAGUUUCCAACUUUAAUGCCAUUCAACGGCAUUUCAGCUCCACCAAGAAGAGCAUAGACACCAAGGUCAAUUUCUCUCUCUCCGAUUCCGAGACUGAUGAUGAAAAUACCCCGAAAGAGAUUGACAAGAAUAAGAAGCUACCACCACCCCCUUACGACCCCUUUAGCAAGAAGCCAGCGAUAGAAGAGCCAAAUGACCCCAAGGAUUUGCAAGAGAUUUUUCACAACAUGAGGGGCGGUGACGGGUUGUUCAACCAUGCAGUCAAGAUGUUCGACGCUUUGUCCAAAGAGGGUCUCACUCACGAAGCAUUGGAACUCUUCCGCCAGAUCAAAGACAAAGGUCAAAUGCCCGACGUGGUGGCCCACACGGCCAUCCUCGAGGCCUAUGCCAAUGCUCGACAACCAAAGGAGGUUCUCAAGGUUUACAUGCGCAUGCUUGCUUCUGGGGUCUCUCCUAAUGCUUACACCUACGCCGUUCUCAUCAAGGGACUUGCUACUGCUUCUGAUGCCAAGUUUUUGAGGGACGCCAACAAGUUUGUUUUGGAAAUGAUGGACAAGGGGAUGAGACCCAAUGCUGAGACUUACACCUCACUAUUUGAGGCAUUGGUCAGAGAGGAGAAGCUUGAUGAGGCUGCACAGUUACUGGAGCAAAUGAAGGCCAAGGGGUUUGUUCCUGACGAGCAGGCUGUUCGUGAGGUUCUCAAGAAUAAAAGGGGCCUUCUUUUCAGAACUGUCUUCAACAUUCUUUUUGGCAAGUAGCUAGAAGCUACUCCACUCUUAAGCAUAGUGUGGAUGGUUUAGAACAUGUAAUUUUGGGGGACAAAUGGAAUACUGAAAUGACAUGUGCAUCUUGUUUGUGUCUUUGAUUUUAUAUAUAUGGUUU